CCGCAGUCUGUGCGCCACUCUCCCCGUCUCUUCCUCGGAAUGGCUGCAAGGUUACUGCUGAGAUCCGCCGUGCGCGUCGCGGCUCGUCGGGCAGGACCCGCCCCGGUCCCGGCUCCCGUACGCGGCAUGUCUGCUGGAGGCAUCCCGACUGACGAGGAGCAGGCUACUGGGAUGGAGAAAAAGAUCAUCCACGCUCUGAAGACUGGCUCUGACCCCUUCAGCAUGUUGAGACCCAAGGAGUACGCCGGGACCAAGCAAGACCCCCACAUCGUCCCCUCCAUCACCGACAAGAGGAUCGUCGGCUGCAUCUGUGAAGAGGAUAACACAGCUGUAGUUUGGUUCUGGCUCCACCAGGGGGAGGCUCAGCGCUGCCCUUCUUGCGGCUCCCAUUACAAACUGGUCCCUCAUGAGCUGCCCCACUAACCUCUCAAUUACUCUUCUUAAAGAAAAAAAAAAACAACCAAGAGAAUUCCUUUGAAACAGUGUGACCUCAUCUCUGUUUUUCUUUGACUUGAAAUAUUUAUGGUUUGGGACACACACAAGUAUACUUCUAUAAAUUCCAGUUGUGACAGUUUACAAUGAUACUGUAAUGUACUGUAUGUUGCAUUUGUCUGGAUCCUCUCAUAAACCUUACAGCGUUUAAAACCUCAA